AUGAUGAUGAUGUGCGUGCUGAGUGAUGGCAUGGUGCCUUCAUUGAAUCCACCAGUCAUUCCUUGCACACAUGCGCCAAUCACCUGGAUUGCAGACCUGUAUAAUCAUAAUGAGCUUGAUGAUAUAAAAGAUCGAAAAGAUAAAUUUAAGAGUAAGCUAUACUGUAAGAAGAUUGAGGAUCUCUUUGACCCAAACAAACCAUCCCUCCACUCACCUGGAAAUGCAAGCACAAUAUUGUACAGUGAUUCUAGCUGGAAUGUCAAUGAGUAUAUACUAGGACUGCGUGAAAAACUCAAGUCUUGGAAAGAGGUUUACUGGAGGUUGUGGGGUGCUGUCAACUUUCUUUAUUGCUUUAGAUGUGGCAAUUAUUUUCCAUGUUCAGAGCUGGGUCAUUGUCGAUAUCAUCCGUCUAGUCCUGAGUACAGUCAAACUGCCAAAGAKUCUAUCAUUGGAGUAUAUCCUUGCUGUCAGCAAAGUGUGUUAAGAUUUGAUACUACAGGACAACAAACGGGUUGUAGUUUCCGUGACCAUCGUAUGUCCAGGAAUAUUUCAAUCACUUCGUCUUCAUCGGAUAAAAAAGAUGAAAAUCYUUCAACAAAUAAAGAACCAGAGGACGCAGRUAUCCGUGAAGGAUCAACAACAAGUCCUUCAAAACCGUCCAGUGGAAGCUGUGAUCGUCUUACGAGAGGUUCGCUAUCUCCCAGUGGGGAUGUCAUCAAUAAUCCUAUAGUUGUUGAAGAUCUUAACUCGCACAGAAACUUAAUAGAAACCCCGUCRAACCGACUCAUGAGUGCAAGGAAUUCCGAGUUGGAUAUAUUUUCGGUUGAAGAAGAUGUGAUGUUAAAACGAUGUCCSUCUACAGAAGGCGAGAAUUCAAGUGUGUUACCUGAUGCUAUCGACCCAAGUGAACGAAAAACAGAUGCACAGGCUCUUCCUCCGAUACGUCGUAUACGUAGUCGUGCCACGCAACGUAUUCCCAUGCGACGGUUAAAAGGACAGCAAGGCAAAGACGACGACCAGGAUCAUGGUGAAGACGAGGAUCAACCAGAAUCAGAAGAUACAGAACCAGAAUCUAAAGGAAUAAUAAAAACAAAGCAAACAAGAAAAGUUCCAUCUGCGUCUCGGAGAGAUUUCAGCACAUUUAAGAGUUACAAGUGGGACUUGAUGCGMUCUUCUCGAUGGAAUCAGGACGCUCAGAGAGAAGAAGACCAAAAAAGAAUGAACGAACUCGUAUUGUUUCUUACAAAACAAAGACAGUCCAGUCCGACACCCGAAGUAGUCACUGACAAGCAAAAACCAAAAGAGUACAAUGGUGGGAUAUAUUCGAAAAUUGAGCACCAAUUCAGGAUGUCACAGCARCCUGCUAAUGCUAAAAGCCAACCAGGGAGUACAGCGGCACUAAUGGGAUCCAGGAGUCGUAAAAACGCCCCCAAGUCAUGACAUUAUGUUUAGUGGUGGUCUUCUAUAUAUUGCUGUUGUAAGUUUCUUGGGGAGCACUAUGACUGACAUGUCAGAGCUUAGCRUGUUAUUCUCUCCAAGACGUCUGCCAUGUCAUGUGCCAAGUGCAGUGACAAAAUCAUUAUUUAUAGAUUCGCAUUUUUGAGAUCGACAGCAAACACUUGCAUGUUAUAAUGACAAUUCACCAGAAUGUGUUUCAAAAUCGUAUUAUUUAAUUUUCAUCAAGGAAUAAAUCCAUCUUCGGUUUACAUAUCUUAAAUACAGCAUUAAACUCUUUAACUGUU